AUGGCUGCGAAGUUGAAUAAAACAGUGACACCUGGAAUAUGUGACAUUAAAGAGGAACCUCGAGACGAACCUUCGGAUGAACACCCAGUCACAGUGGUCAAGACCGAGCCUUACAACGUUGCAAUCCCAGCAGAGCAGAGCCAGAUGGGACAUGGACAUGACUCAACAUCAGAAGAUGCAAUGGCAAACAACGAGCCCGUAGACACUUGCGGUCCGGCAUCACCAGCUAGCCUCAAACAUCACGUGCUUGUACAUGCCUGUAAUGACUCAGAACAGUAUCCCAUUGCAUCAGAGGAUCAGAUGGAAGUGAAGGGGGUUGAGUGCGACCUCGGUCCAGCUACAUCCUCCCAGUCUGAGAGUUCAAAGAACCACAUGCACAAGCAUCCCGACGAGAUGAAGUGCAAUCUCUGUUCCGCAAAGUCCAUCCGUAGCACGCAGCUGCAGCGUCACAAGAAAACGCACACUGGCGAGAAGCUUCACAAGUGCGAUCUCUGUUCCUCUGAGUUCACAAAACUGUGCAGCCUCAAGGCCCACACGCGCGUCCAUACUGGUGAGAAGCCUUACAAGUGUGACCUCUGUCCUGCAAAGUUCACCCGCAGCACGCACCUGCAGCGUCACAAAAGAACACACACAGGCGUGAGGCCAUACAAGUGCGAUCUCUGUCUCUCCGAGUUCACCCAAAUGCACAGCCUCAAGGCUCAUACGCUUAUUCAUACUGGUGAGAAGCCAUACAAGUGCGAUCUCUGUCCUGCAAGGUUCACCCGCAGCACACACCUGCAGCGUCACAAGAAAACACAUAUGGGCGUGAGGCCAUACAAGUGUGAACUGUGCCCCUCAGAGUUCACCCAGCUGCCCCACUUGAAGGAUCACGUACGGACCCACACUGGCGAGAAGCCGUACAAGUGCGAUCUCUGUGCUGCGAGGUUCAUCCGCAGCACACACCUGCAGCGUCACAAGCAGGCACACACGGGCGUGAGGCCGUACAAGUGCGAUCUCUGUCCUUCUGAGUUCACCCAGCUGCACCACCUGAAGGAUCACGUACGGAUUCAUACUGGUGAGAAGCCGUACGAGUGCAAUCUCUGUCCUGCAAAGUUCAUCUGUAGCACGCACCUGCAGCGUCACAAGAAGACACACACGGGCAUGAUGCCACACAAGUGCGAUCUCUGUCCCUCCGAGUUCACCCAACUGCACAGCCUCAACGAUCACGUACAGAUUCAUACCGGUGAGGAACCAUACAAGUGCGAUGCCUGUCCUGCAACGUUCUCUCGUAGCACCCAUCUGCAGCGCCACAAAAAAACGCACGUGGUCGUGAGGCGGCACAAAUGUAGUCUCUGCCCCUCCGAGUUCACACAGCUGCGCAACCUGAGGGACCACAUACGGACUCAUACUGGUGAGAAGCCACACAAGUGCGAUCUCUGUCCUGCAGAGUUCACCCGCAGCACGCACCUGCAGCGUCACAAGCAAAUACACAUGGGCAUCAGGCCAUACAAGUGUGAUCUCUGCCCCUCCGAGUUCAACCAGCUGCAGCACCUCAAGGACCACAUACGGUCUCAUACGGGUGAGAAGCCGUACCAGUGCGACCUCUGUCCCGCAAAGUUCACCCGCGGCACGCACCUGCAGCGUCACAAGAAGACGCACACGGGCGUGAGGCCGUACAAGUGCGAUCUCUGCCCCUCCGAGUUCAUCCAGCUGCAGCACCUGAAGGGUCACCUGCGGAUUCAUACCGGCGAGAAGCCGUACAAGUGCGACCUCUGUCCUGUAGCGAUGACCUGCAGCUCGAACCUGCGCCGCCACCACAAACGGGCACACGCAGGCAAGGAGUCGCGCGAGACGAUUUCUGUCCCGCUUUCUGUCCCGCAGGGUAUGGAUGCAGCAGAAAGCUGCAGCGUCAUCAAUGGACACACCACCGGUGACAAGACACAGGCAGACACAGCGUAUACCUGUGAUGUCACAAAUGUGAGAGACAUGUGAACAAGUGUCAACUCUGUUCUGUUGCUUGUGAUCUACCUGGAGACCCCUAGAAACGCAUGGUAGUGCAAGAUGAUGAAGAGCUGUGGAGUGUAAGCUGCGAAGGCUGAACGUAUAGCACUCACCGACUUCUUGUUGACUGCUUUCUUUCCAAUGCCACACAGAUGCAAACUAUGCCAUCAUGUUUCUUUGAGGUAAAAAAAAAAGAGUUAGUCUGGCUCGCUUAAUGAUGCAGCUAACAUCCGAAGGCAAAGAAAUGCUGCUGGGAGGAGACAGAGACAAGCACAAACAGGACCCUUUUAAACUUUUUCAAUAUACAAACCAGGACAGUGCAAAAUACAUUUCCAUGAUCAACA